AUGAUGAUGAUGAUGGAAAAUCCAUUAGAUCCUGAGUUAGCCAGACCAUUGGUGCAUACUCCAGUAGGCAGCUACCGGGGGCUUUGGGCCCAAGACGGGAAUUACUCCAUGUUUCUGGGUAUACCGUAUGCGAGGGUUGAUCCGGAAAAUGUUUUUGGUCCUUCUAUUCCACACAAAUUUGAAGGGAUAUAUGAAGCAGUCGACGAUACUUCAAGGUGUCCUCAAAUUGAAGAAUUUAAUAACACAAUUACUGGGACUCUGGAUUGUCUUCACGUCAACAUUUACGUACCGAACAGCGCUACUAUUGAAAAUCCCUUGCCUGUUAUGAUCUACAUUUUUGGGGGGAAAGGUAAUUUUGGAUUUGCAGGAAGAUACAUUUAUGGACCACGCUUCUUAGUUAGACAUGACAUCAUUUUUAUUACUUGCAACUAUCGUCUUGGUCCAUACGGAUUUUUUUGUCUAAACACUUCUAAAGUGCCAGGGAAUCAAGGUUUAAAAGAUCAAGUGCAAGCGCUACGCUGGAUAAAAAAAUAUAUACGAUAUUUUGGCGGAGACGACUCCAAGAUCACUUUAGAGGGAAACAGUGCAGGUGCAACGUCUGUCGAUUUGCAUCGGCAUUUUCUACAAGAACCACUUUUUAAUAGAGUGAUUUUACAAAGCGGCGUUUCAUUAAAUACAGUAUUAGACGAUCCUGAUUCAGUUGCUCCUUUGAAAAUAGCAAAGCAAUUGAAUUAUACAACGAAUGAUAUUAACUAUGCCUUAUCAUUUCUGAACAAAAUUGAGCCACAUGAACUUAUUGCUGCAACAAGGGAUUCGGGUGUAAUUUUUGGACCGUGUGCUGAAAAGUAUUUUGAGGGUGCUGAUAACUAUAUAACGAAACAUCCAGCUUCUUUGAAUACAGUUACUCGUAAAGAUGUCGAUUUUUUAAUUGGUUUUAAUAACGACGAAGCAUAUUCGAAAAUCACAAUAAUAGAAAAAGAUGAAUAUGAAAAAAGGGACUUUGUGUCUGAGAUAUUAGGAUUUUGUUUUGACUUCAAAAAUGAAACUAAGCUUUCAGAUGAAAUGAAAAACAUUGUCCGAUUGUUUUAUUAUGGCGAUAAUGUUCAACGUGCAGAUAAUAAGAGACCGGUAAUGAAUUUAUAUGCUGAUUUUAUACAUUAUAGUCCGAUAUUCAGAACUGUUAGUAAAUAUUUUGACAGUGAUGUACGCGUAGAAAACAUGUAUUUCUACGUGUUUUCAUAUUCUGGUGAAAGGUCUUUUGACAAGGACCGACAUAAUGUAUCAUAUACAAAAGGUGGUGCUUCCCACGCAGAUGAGUUGGGAUAUUUAUUUGACAUUUCUUACAUGAAAGAUCGGACGCGUGAUGAAGAUAUGCUUAUUGUAGAAAGGAUGACUGAACUUUGGACUAAUUUUGCUAAAUAUGGAAAUCCAACACCGAAACCUUCUAAGUUGUUUCCUCUGCAAUGGCCACGCGUAACCCAGGACAAACUGCCAUAUUUGGAGAUAAACACUGAACUACGCCUAGGCUCAAGACCGAUGCACGAGCGGAUGAGCUUUCUGGACCUUCUGUACAAGCACAUUGGACAUUACGUAAGAACUAGAUAA